AUGAGCCAACAACCUCCUUCUCCUGUCCACUCCAUCAAGAGAUCUGUCGUUAUCAUUGGUGCUGGAAUAGCUGGUUUGCAAGCUGCCUCUGAACUAUACCAUAAUGGUGUUAAGGAUGUCAUAAUCUUAGAAGCAAGAAAUAGAAUCGGUGGAAGAUUGUUAACAAUGAACUCAAGCUCUCUUAUCGAUCCUUCUACAAAUAAACCUGUAACUUACGACUUAGGUGCUACCUGGUUCCACGAUACUUUACAAAACCCCUUAUUCGAUGAAUAUGUUAUCAAUAGAAAAAAAAUUGAUAUCUACUACGAUGAUUCCUUCAUCAAAAUCUUCAACUCAAAGGGCGAAAUUCCUGAUUCUUGGAAAUUACCCCAAGUUAAAAAUGAAAUUGAAAAGUUUAUGGAACUAGAAAAUUUUAAUGAUAUAGAUUACGAAGACAAAUCCCUAUUCAAUUCUUGUAUAGACUAUCUUUAUAAGCAAAAAUCAGUAUUGACAAAAGAACAAAUCACUUAUACCCCAGAAUUGUUAAGAUAUUUGGAAUUAUGGCAUGGUCUUGACUGGAAAAGAUUGUCCUCAAAAUUCGCUAUAAUCUCUGCUGAUGGUAGAAAUGCUUACAAUCUAAAUGGUUAUCAAGACAUCAUCCAAGAUAUCAUCUCCGAUUUGCCAAAUGAUACAAUUCAAACCAACAUCAUCAUUAAAAAAAUCCAAAAAGUCGAUCAAAAUAGAAAAGUUAGAGUGCUCACCAACAACAAUAUCGAAAUCAUAGCUGACUACGUUAUAGUAACCAUCCCUCAGUCCCUAUUAUCUCUAUCUGAGACUAAUGAAACUGGUGCUAUAAGUUUCUCUCCUCCCUUGCCUCCCUACAUCGAAAAACCCUUAUCCAGAAUGCAUUUCGGUUCCUUAGGUAAAGUGAUUAUCGAAUUUAAUUCAAUAGAAGACAUCUUUUGGGAUAAGGAAACUGAUCGCUUCUUAGUCAUAGCUGAUCCCGACCCAAAAAUUAAAGAAUUCUCCAAAGAAGUCCAAUCUGCUAAUGAAAAGAAAUCAAAUUUUGUUAUUAAACCCGAUUAUGAAGUUGAAGAUUAUGAUUUAUACAAAAAUAAAAUCCCCAAACAAUGGGAAUACCCAAUUAAUAUCUCAAAUGGUUAUACAAUCAAAAAGUCCCCCUUCUUAUUAUGUAUCACUCAGUCUCCUCUAACUGAGUUCUUAGAAGCUGCUCCUUUAGAUGUGGUUUGGGAAUAUUUAAAACCAAUGAUCUACGUUCUAGCAGAAAAGAACCCAAAUAUUACUUCCAUUGACAAAUUGCCCACUCCAGUUCAAAUACGCAAAACUUUCUGGUCGCAAGAUCCUUUUGCAAGAGGCUCUUAUGCUGGUUGCUUUGCAGGUGAUGAUCCCACUGACUUGAUCAUUGGUUUGACCAAAGGUUUUGGCCAUGUUAGAUUUGCUGGAGAACAUACUAUAAUGGAAGGUGCUGGGUGUGUUCAUGGUGCCUGGCUCAGUGGUAAAAGAGAAGCUAACUAUAUUUUAAGCAAACUUGGUUUAUUGACUGAUGAUAACAUUAAUUGGUAA